AUGGAUGUUUGGAAUCAUUACGACAGAGAUGGCAAUGGUUUCAUUGAUGGAAACGAACUAAAUGACUUCUUGUUGGAAUUGGUAACAAGUGUGACCCUAUCUGAUGUUGGCACAGAGGUGGUUUCCGAUGUUGCUUUUGGUGACGCCAAAGAUCUCUUCAUGUCAGCUUUUGAUGAGAAUAAUGAUGGGAAAAUUGAUAUCAGAGAGCUGGCCCAACUACUUCCGAUGGAGGAGAAGUUCUUGCUUCUAUUCAGAAGAGAGCAUCCAUUGGAGUCCAGUGUUGAAUUCAUGCAGACCUGGAAAAAAUUCGAUGCUGACCAUAGCGGUUAUAUUGAAGCAGACGAACUGAAGAAAUUCCUGCGUCAUCUGCUGAAACAAAGCAGCUGUGAGGCGACUGAAGACGAACUGAUAUGUUACGCUGAAACAAUUCUGAAACUCUUUGAUCGGAAUAAUGACGGGAAGCUGCAGUUAAGCGAAAUGUCAAAACUUUUGCCUGUAAAAGAAAACUUUCUUUGUCGGCCGAUGUUUAAGGGUGAUAAAGCUCUGACGAAAGACGAUUUAGACCGGGUGUUUUCCUUGUAUGAUCGGGAUAAGAAUGGCACAAUUGAAAAUGAAGAACUCCAUGGCUUCUUGAAAGAUCUUAUGGAACUUAUCGAAGAGGAUUACAAUACAGAAGACAUUGAAGACUCCAAGAAAGUACUUCUGGAACAGUGUGAUCUGAACAGGGACGGCAAGAUCAACAAAAAUGAGCUUACUAUGUUACUGAUGUCCUACGAUCAAGUUCGUUUGACCACCACGGACCCAUUAAAGUGA